AAACCUUAGACCAUUCUCUAUACUGAUUCUCAAAUCAAAACUUUCUUGUUAUUGCCUUCAAGAAAAUGGCAUCAAGUUCAAUGUCAUCAUCUGGCUCAUGGAGUGCUAAGGACAAUAAAGCCUUUGAAAGGGCUCUAGCUGUUUAUGACAAGGACACCCCUGACCGGUGGUACAAUGUUGCUCGCGCCGUUGGCGGGAAAUCUCCGGAGGAAGUUAAGAGGCACUAUGAGCUCCUCGUCCGGGAUGUUAUGCACAUUGAAUCAGGGCAAGUGCCAUUCCCAAACUACAAGAAAAAAUGA